CCCAAGCAGCAUGUGUCGAAAAUUUUCUCGACCGGCGCUCAGUCCUCGACAUGGCGAACGCAGCGGCGGGUCGGGUGCGUAGCCUGUUCGAAGGGCUACUGCUCGUGAGAAAAUGUGCAAUUGCGAGAACAAACACCACCCCUUCCGUGAGAUGGUCACAGUACCGGACAAUUCACGAAAGCAAGGAGCAUCUCCCAAAGCUGCCGCCUGGCGGGACUCGCCGGUGUGACACGGCCCGGCGCGCGCUCUCCACCUCAUCGCCGGCGCGAUCCGUCCAGCAGCCCGGCGCAGAGACGCGCGACGAGCCCGACACCGGCAAAACCACCGACGACGACAUCAAACAAAUGUUCACCGACAUAGUACAAGAGCUCUCCACAACAGACAACCAGCUGCUCAAGGACAUAGCCAGCUAUUACUUUGACGGCCAGGGCAAGGCGGUGCGGCCGGUCAUCACGUGCCUGACAGCGCGGGCCAUCAACUCACACACCCAUCCUCACAGAAGGUUCCUGCUGCCCUCUCAGCGGCGGGUGGCCAUGAUCACAGAAAUGAUCCACACGGCGUCACUGGUGCACGACGACGUCAUCGACGCAUCCGACACGCGCCGCGGCAAGGCCAGCGUCAACAAACACUGGGGACAGAAGAGGGCGAUCAUGGCCGGCGACUACAUCCUGUCCGUGGCCUCCACCAUGCUGGCCAGGAUUAGGAACGAUGACGUCACACUAGUUCUAUCUCAGGUUUUAGCAGAUUUAGUGCAGGGAGAGUUUAUGCAGCUGGGCUCCAAGGAGAAUGAAAACGAGAGGUUCGCCCACUACCUGCGCAAAACGUUCAAGAAAACUGCCAGUCUGAUCGCGUAUAGUUGCAAAGCGGUGGCGAUCCUAGGUGGUGCUGACGACGAGAUCCAGGAGGUGGCCUUCCAGUACGGCAGGAACGUCGGCAUGGCGUUCCAGCUGAUGGACGACCUGUUGGACUUUGUGUCCUCGUCCAACCUGAUGGGCAAGCCGGCGGCGGCUGAUCUGCGACUGGGCCUGGCCACGGCGCCCGUUCUGUUCGCAUGUGAAAAGUUCCCGGACCUGAACCCGAUGAUCAUGCGCCGUUUCACCGAGCCCGGUGACGUGGAGAAGGCCUACCGCUGGGUCAUGGACUCGGAGGGGCCGCGGCAGACGCGCAUGCUGGCCGAGACGCACUGCGCCGAGGCCAUCCGGCACAUCGGACAGCUGAAGCCGUCGCCCGAGCAGCGCAGUCUGAUCCGGCUCACCGACACUGUGCUCAAUAGGAUGAAGUAGGCGGACGCCGGCCGGCGGCCCGUCCGUCCGACCGACCAGUCGAUAGGUGCGCAGCGGCGCGCCAGGACGCGCAGCGUUACCACGGUGACCGGAGCGGCGCGCCAGCCGCCGGCCCGCUGGGGCCGAGCCGGGUGCGUCAGCGAGCGAGCCGCGCGCCUCAGAAUGGCCGCGCAGCUGCACCGCGGAGCAGCCCUCUGUCCGGCUAGCUUUAAAGGCCGGCGGCGGGCAGGGCUCGGGCGCGCGCAGUAGCCUGCCGCCCUGCGCGGCACCCGGGCCUCCAAAUCAAAACACGGGUGUGACGACGGUGGCGGCGGCGCCCGCAGUCGGCGCCGCCGGUAGAGACUACCCAGAGAGGGACCGCGCGGCCGCCCGCUCGGCCGACCGGCGUCACGAGCAGCAGCGAGUGUAAGAACGUGUGUGUGAGAGUGUGAGAGAAUCCGUGAGAGCCUGAGCGCGUUAGACGACCGUUGUUUGUAUAUUUAAGGUAUUCUGCGCCGAAUUAUGUGGUUGCUAGGCGGAAUGUGUGUGUAUGUCUGUCUGGCUCAAAUAAGCGGAUAGAGGCUCGUUCGAACGCUGCGCACGUGCAUGGAGAAACGGAGUAUAAUCCUCAGAAAAACUGCGGCAGAGAGUGAGAGUGUGUCUGUAUGUGUGUGUGCGCGCGUGCGAGAUAUCUAUUUAGAGAUGAAGAAGGAGCCGUUAUUGUACACUGGCUGGCUAAGAGACUGUGGCCGGUCGCUUCCUGCCGCCUCCGCCAGGAUUAUUUUGUAGCGAUGGUUUUUAUAGCUGUUCCGAACGCUAUUUUACAGUAUCUAUCGUGCAAGCGCAAUGUCUGUCGGGGAGAUGGCGUCGUCCUGUACGGACGGUGUCGGCGACGACCGCCUCGCGUCCGAGCGAGCGGUGCAGCCCGCCCGCACCGCGGCCGUCCAGUCUUCCUGUUGGGCCGGGCCUCAUGUGAUGCGGCCCCCUUUGUUGAGCGUGCCGCGGCGCCGGAGGUGCGGCUCCCCCGCGGGGCUGCGCGCCGGCCGCCGCUGGCCCAGUGCGUGUGUUGACCUUUAUUUAUUGUUAAGAGGUGUUGCUGUACAUAGCCACUCGGUGCGGCCGUGCUCGCGCGCGCGGAUAGUUAUCGGCCGCGCUGCGAUGGCUCCCUCCGCGGCCGUGCGCGCUGGGAGUGAGCCGCUGGCGGCCGUGUGGGCCGCUCGCGGCCGCUCCUUGCUCAAUGGGCGCGCCGCAGUCGCUGACGGAGCCAUUUCAUCCCCUGUAGUGUAGCGGUGGUUUCGGUGGUGGGGUAGGGGUCACUAGCACUGGUUCUAUAUAGCCUAAGUGCCUUGAGUAAUAAUAAAAUUAACGAUUAAAAA